UUGACUGACUUUAAGCUUACCAUAUCCGACAGCAAGGGCAGAUCCAUAACCAAGGAGCUCAGGGACAACGAGGGCAGCGCCCUGCUAGGACAGACGAUCGGCAGCAAGGUGGAUGCGGCCGUAGCCAGCUUCGCAGGCCAGAUGAGGAUCACCGGAGGCAGCGACAGGUCAGGCGUUCCCAUGCGGCAGGAUGUGCACGGCAGCGCAAGAAAGUACGUCCUGCUCUCCAAGGGGGUGGGCCUGCAGGAUGCCGAGAAGGGCAAGAGGGUGAGAAAGCUGAUCCGGGGCAACCAGGUAUCCGAAGAGACAUACCAGAUAAACUGCAGGCUUGACGGGCAGCUGCCUGAAGAGCGGGGAGCAGACGCCGCGCCGAGCAAAAAAGAAGAAUACGGCUACCAGCCCUGCGUCAACAUUGGAACCGCAGGCCAUGUGGAUCACGGAAAGACCACCCUGAUCCAGUCGCUGACCGGACAGUGGACCAGCGUGCACAGCCAGGAGCUCAAGCGCGGGAUUACAAUCCGGGUCGGAUACUCAGAUGCCGCAUUCUACAAGUGUCCCAGCUGCGAGGAUCCCCUGGGGUACUCGACCAGACCAGAGUGUCCCGGCUGCGGCUCCAAGAGCGAGCUCUCCCGUGUGGUGAGCUUUGUGGACAGUCCGGGCCACGAGAGCCUGAUGGCAAACAUGCUCUCAGGCUCUGCGCUGAUGGACGGCGCGCUGCUCCUUGUUGCCGCCAACGAGAAGGUGCCAAAACCGCAGACAAAGGAGCACCUGCUGGCCCUGCAGACCCUGGGAAUAACACAGAUUGUCACGAUACAAAACAAGGUAGACCUGGUAUCAUACACAGACGCCAUGGCAAACUACAACGACAUUGCCGCGUUUGUGAACGGAACCGGCGCCUCGGGAUCGCCCAUAAUCCCGAUCUCGGCACAGUCGAACCUGAACACCGACGCGCUCAUCGGCAUGAUAGAGUCCACCAUCAAGACGCCGAUCCGCGACGAGAAGAGCAGCACGGUGAUGCAUGUCCUCCGCUCGUUUGACGUAAACCGGCCCGGCUCAAGGAUCACAGACAUCAAGGGAGGGGUCGUGGGAGGAAGCCUGACCGAGGGAACCCUUAAGAUCGGAGACGAGAUCGAGAUCAAGCCCGGGAUCGUCACCACAAAGAGGGGGGCGUACGAACCCAUACUAACCGAGGUGGUCUCGCUGGGCACGUCUGCCGGAACCGUCGAGUCGGUAAGGCCCGGCGGCCUGGUGGCCGUGGGCACAAGGCUGGAUCCUGCAAUUGCAAGAAGGGACUCCCUGGUGGGAUCUGUAAUCGGCAGGCCGGGAACCCUGCCCGAGAACUCCACGGGAGCGCAGAUCACAGUCAGCCUGUUUGAUGCCGUCGUGGGCGCCACCGAUGAGACCAAGGUAGCGCCGAUCCAGAACGGGGAGGCCCUGCGGCUCAACAUAGGCACCGCCCCGGUGCUCUCCAAGGUCACCAAGGUAAGAAACGAGAAUAUAUCAGUCGAGCUCCGCCGGCCCGUCUGCAUAUUCGAACGCAUCAGGAACAUCGACACGUUUGAGGCCGAGAUAGGCCCUGUUCGGUUUGCGGUUCCCACAUGCGCGCUGUCGGAGCUGAACAGGCUCAUGGACGAUCCCCGAAGGGCUCCCGAGAUAUCUGCGGUUCUUGAACGUGCGAGAAGGAUGGACAUCAUAGAGAUGGACGGCGACUUUGCGGACAGGGAGAUACUCAGGCAUGUGAAGCAGAACGGCGGCAUUGUCGCAACCAUGGACAGGGGGCUCAAGCGCGGCGUCAAAAGAUCCGGCGGCUCCGUCAUCUCGAUGAGCCGCGACCGUGUCGUGCUCGAGCCGUAG